UCGCUUGGCUCGUUGCUAGUGUUCAGCGGUGUGGACAACAGCUGUGUGCUGAGGUGGUGCAGUUGUCUGGUGGAGGAUGCCGCACGUGACCGGUAUCUGACACGGGCGGUGAAGAGAGACCGGCACUCCGCACUGGCUGACUUCUUCCUGGGAAAGUGGAGUGGAAAAGCCAAGCCCUUCCGGUGUAAACAGAGAGUUGAAGAUGGAAUCCUAGCGACGGACAGCUCUGAGGACCGCGGCAUCAUGCUGCAGCCUCUGUGUUUCGGGGAAUCCCCGGACAGUGUCGGUGUGAGUGCAAUGAACGAGGCCAGCAAGAGUGCAAUGAACGAGGCCAGCACGAGUGCGAUGAACGAGGCUAAUAGGAGUGCAAUACAGGAGGCCAGUGUGAGUGCAAUGACCGAGGCCAGCAAGAGUGCACUGUACGGCACCAGCACGAGUGCAAUGAAGGGGACCAGCACAAGUGCUAUGUACGAGGCAAGUGGCAGUGAACUGAAUAAGGUCAGCACGAGUGCAAUGCACGAGGCCUGCAUGAGUGCAGUGAACGAGACCACUGCCAAUGCAAUGGACAAGGCUCGGGCGAGCGAAUCCAAAAGGUACAACCUACGCAAGUUGAACGAGCUUCCCUACCAGCUUGUUGAGUCUGGUCGUCUGGAGGAGAUUCGUCGUAGCUUGCUGAGUGAUUACUCAUGGAUGCUGACAAAGAUUCGUGCGUGCGGUGUGGCUGCACUGAUUGCCGACUUUGACCCACUUGUACCCAGCUUGCCUCAAGUCAUGGAGGAGUGCCAUGUAUCCGAGGAGCUGCGACUUCUCCGCGACACCCUGCUCCUGGCAAGCCCGUCUCUGCGGCAGAACAGCGAACACCUUAGUGCCGAGCUGCUUACACGACUGCUACCUCUUGUCAGGAAUGACCAAGCACAUGAGAGGUCUCGGUUGCACAAUCUCAUCAAAGCGUCAAGAGACACGACGGUAUCGAGCUUGACACCACUCGCCUGUCCGUUUAGAACGGCCGGUCAGCAUGUGAUGUCAAAGCUCCGGUCGCACAGCCAAGCUGUCACUUGUCUAGCCCUGAAGGUUGUCCCUGGCAGCAGAGACCCGUUGCAAUGCGGCGCGUACCAGAGCCUAGUGUUGGUGAGCGGAAGCAAUGAUCGCACAGCUCGCUACUGGGAUCCAUUCAGCGGCGACAUGGAGCAGAUGCUGGAAGGUCACCAGUCACCAGUCACCUGCCUGGAUCUGGACAAGACUGGAGAGCUGUGCGUCACCGGGGAUGAGCAAGGAGUGUUGCGUGUGUGGACGGUGAAAACUGGAGUCUGUGAGGCCGUCAUGACCGGGCACAGCGGUAGAGUGAACGACCUGUGUGUUCUCAGCCACUCGCACCGUACAGUGUCGGUGGGCCAGGACGGUACCGUACGCUUUUGGAACACCGACCUCGUCAGUAGCGGCCUUGGCAAGGAGUUAUUCAAACUGGAAAGUCCUGUGCAAGCAAGCAGCAACCAUGACAACAGUCUUCACAGCAUUGUACUGUCCUGCGAUGAGUCACGGCUGUACACGGGCGGGGCCAGUGGAGAGGUGGCCGUCUGGGGUCAGCUGAGCGGGGAGCUGCAGACCGUGCUGCAGUUCCACACCGCAGCUGUGUCCGGGCUAGCUGCUGUGACUGGCAGACCAAACCAAGUUGUGUCCGGCUCGCACGACAGAGCAAUAGCGCUGUGGGAUACCUCUCGGCCACAGCGUCCAAUCACAAUCUUCCGCGGUCACACGGCACCGGUUAGUGGUGUUACCGUCGACGACUCACGCCACCGCAUCUUCAGCUGCGCACUCGACUCCACCGUCCGUGUCUGGGACAUCUCGACGGCGGCGAAGCUUCUCGUGGUAACCGUUGACUACCAGCCGCUUGCGGUGUUAAAGGGGGUCAACGGACGCUAUGCGCUAACGGCACUGUCCGAUGGCACGGUGACCGCUCUGGAUUUGGACGCCGAUCCGUACUGCUCCGCACCACGAUGUCAUCGCGGAAGAACGACGGCUCUCGUUGCCCAGGGCAACACGGUCAUAUCGGGCAGCCAGGAUGGCGGCGUGUUUGAACGCUCGCUGCUGCACGACGGCGGCGGCUAUGGUGAAACAGUGAGGAGCUCGCUAAACUGUGACAGUCCGGUGCGAGCUCUGUCACUACUGUCACACAGUGGUGAUGACGAACCACUGGCUUUCCUGUCGGCCCAUGCCAGCGGUAAGAUGCAUCACUGGCAGCGGGUUAAGACGGAUGGUGCAGCUCCUGACACAACGACGAAACACGCCGCUUGGACCAACGUGCGUACAUUCAUCAAGCACCGCAAGCCAGUGAAUGCGUUGCUGCAACUUCAGGCCAGGGUGGCGGUGACGUCGUCCGACGACAGUACUAGUCUUAUCUGGGACAUCUGGUCCGGCCAAGUGCUUUCUCGCCUGAUUGGUCAUCGAGCUCCGCUCACGGCUAGUGCACUUUGCCGUCCGAACAACGGAGGGAUUACUCUGGUGGUAACCGCCUCGAAAGACGGCACCGCAAACGCGUACGACAUCACUGCUACACUGGAUGACGUCAUCAAUGAGUCAUCCGCGACGUCAAGCCAGUCGUCGCCAACGGCCGAACACUUGGUCAUCGCGGACGUGAGGCCCGUCUUUCAGCUGCGACCUGUGCACUCGAGUCCUCUCAGCGCGGUUACAGCUAGCGCAGACGGUACGAGCAUAUUCACGGCGACAACAGGCGGCGAACUCUCCAGCUGGUCUUCUACGGAUGGGUCUCCACUGCACUCGCACACUUGUCAAUUUCCCGUGACAUUCUUGUGCCCGCUAGGUGACCUUCUAGCCAUUGGCGACACGCAGACUUGCAUCAAGGUGUGCCGGUCGCUGGCAACGUUGGAAGACCCGGUGGCAUCCGUAAUGCCCGAGGACGGCAUCACCGCGUUUACGUGCGGCCAAUCCAGUGAUGGCAGCAGCAGCAGCAGCAGCAGCAGUAGUAGCGCCAGCGGCAGCUUUGUUGCCUGGGGCAACAAACACGGUCAGGUGCACUGUGCUCUGCUGCGCCAUGGCAACGAAGCACCGCUUCAGCUGGAGUGCAUCAGGCCUGCGCGACCGACGCAGCCCGCAGGCUCAUCCACAGCAUUGUCUGCCAUCCCUAUCACAUCAUUUGCUUCUACAGGGACAUCGUCUAACGCACCACUGACAUCAUCUGAUGCUACAUCAUCAGUUGGUCGACAAACAGUCCACCAGCACGCGGUUGAUGCCAGUCAACUUAACCAGUUGCAGCGUUCACCGGCGGCAACCACAGCAAUGGUAGAUCCUGCAGCCAACAGAUCGCCACGGAGCAAAGUUGCCCAGGCUCCAGGCGGUACCGUAUCUCCAGCUAGCGCAUUCCGAAUCCACCGUGACCAUCGUGGAGAUUAUGACGAUGAUGAUGAUGUUGACGGUCGUGAUGGACAGGAGGCGAGCACUCCUUGUGACUAUGUACACAAACAGUACGCUGGCAGCAGCCGGUCAAACCGCGUCCCCAGCACUCUGGACGCGACGCGUGCAGAGCCCGCCGUUAUGACGAUGAGUUCUCGCGACGAGGACGCUGAACCUGGCGAGAGCACACCUCACCAUUGUAAUGCGGCGAUCAGUUCGGCCAAUGAUGACGUCAUAAGUGCUGAUAAGCCACCGACGGACAAAGCUUUCGCGGAUGGACCGGGAUGUUCGCCGGAAUUGAACCCUGGAGACGAAAAACGAGGCGGCGAAGCAGGUCCCGCGGCGAACCAGCACGCUGGAAGCAAGGCAUGCAUUCUGCUGUGACACUCUCGGCUAGGGUCUGCACUGCGGCUGCUUUCGCUGCUACUGGUGCUGCUACUGUUGCUGGUGCUGGUGCUGCUACUGGUACUGGUGCUGCUACUGGUGAUGGUGCUGCUACUGGUGCUGGUGCUGCUACUGUUGCUGGUGCUGCUGCUGGUGCUGCUACUGGUGCUGGUGCUGCUGCUGGUGCUCCCAGUGCCAGCGCACCAUGCUGUACACAUUGCUUUGCACCGGAGUGAUCUAGACUGAACGUACUGCUUGAAAGUGAUCGACGCAUGUGAUGCAGAGUCCCACUCCACAGCUUGACCAGAUCACACAUGUACUGCUAUCUUGCCACGCUACCAGUAGAUAUCACGCCAGUAGGUUACGAUUAUAGUAAGCUGUUCAUUUUAGUCAAGCAUAGUCCACAGAUGAUAACCCUUUAAACAAUAACAAGGUGAUGAGAAAAGUGUUUUAACUGUUUCACGCACUAAGCGAUCCUCAGAAAACAGCCUUUAAUGCGCGUAGAACUCUGAAUAGAGACAGUGAGUUACACCUGGUAUUUCCAGUAGGCUUGCAUUUGGCACAUUGCUUUGGAUAAUAGCAGGCAUUGUUACUACAAGAAUCCUAUCUUGACUUGACUGCCCAGUAGAUAGUUUUGUGGAUUUUUCAACACACAAUAUUUCACCUUGGUUGUCACUUUUUGUGGACUUGCUCUGCAGAUAUGCAUUGUUUUAUAGAAUUUACUACGUUAGCAUAAUAGAUAUGGUACGUCCGGGCCUGGUUUAAAUCUGGCCGCUUGGAAAGUAUCGAUGAAACGAAAAAGAUAUUUUCAUUGUUAUCAA